UCUAUCUCAUGUUCUGUCUCUUUGGCCUUACGCGUUAGAAUACUGAAUACUCUGUCUAUACACACACAUUAUACACAGUCUCUCUCUCUCUCUCUCUCUCUCUCUCUCUCUCUCUCUCAUCUCUCUCCUAUAUAUAAUUCACAAAUUGUAAGUAUCUCUAGAUCUCUCUCAUCUUCAACCUCAGUAGCUGGCACUUAUCAAAGUACUUUGUACUGGGGUUCUCUAAACUUCCAAGAAAAGAAUAAAGAUUUAAUCUUUUCUUCAUUUUUUUACUGCCACAAUAAAAUUCUUGUGUGUAAAUAAAAGUGUACACAUCACAUUUUGGGGGUACCCUUGUGAUUUGUUCUUUUCUAAUUAUUCAAGGAAUAGUAUAAUACAAGCUGUAUAAACUAUACACCAUAUUUGCUGUGUUCACCUAUCAGUCUCUCUCAUCAUUUAAUGUGAGGUUGGUGUUUCUUUCUGAUGGGUUUUUAAUAGAGUUAUUCAAGUUUCCUGCUUUUCCUUUAUGGGUCUUGACUUUUGUGUGAGAAAGAUUCAAUCUUGAAGAGUUUUAGUAGUUUUGGUGUGUGUAUUUGUGUCUAUGUGUGUGUGACAUUUGGGGCUAAAUGGAUACCAAAGGAAGACUUGUUGCCGGUUCUCAUAACAGAAAUGAGUUUGUUCUAAUCAAUGCUGAUGAAGUUGGAAGGGUGACUUCUGUGAAAGAGUUGAGUGGCCAUUUUUGCCAGAUUUGCGGAGAUGAGAUUGAAGUAACUGUGGAUGGGGAGCCAUUUGUUGCCUGCAAUGAAUGUGCUUUCCCUGUUUGCAGAAAUUGCUAUGAAUAUGAGAGAAGAGAGGGCACUCAGUCAUGCCCUCAAUGUAGAACCAGAUACAAGCGUGUUAAAGGAAGUCCCAGAGUGGAUGGAGAUGAAGAAGAAGAUGAGUUUGAUGAUUUGGAUAAUGAGUUUGAGUAUGAGAACGAUCACAGAUACCAUCAACAUGUAGGCGAUCCAAACGCCCCAUCUGGUCGCCAUAAUAUUGGCCGUGUUCCAUCCAAUGCUUCUGGGAUCACUACACCCUUAGAGAUGGAUUCCUCUACUCUUAAUCCUGAAAUUCCUCUCCUUACCUAUGGUCAAGAGGAUGAUGCAAUUUCAGCUGACAAGCAUGCUCUUAUUGUCCCCCCAUUUAGGGGACGUGCAAAGCGAGUUCAUCCUAUGCCAUAUACUGAUUCCUCAGUUUCUUUUCCGCCUCGUCCAAUGGAUCCAAAAAAGGAUUUGGCAGUAUAUGGCUAUGGUUCCGUAGCAUGGAAGGAAAGAAUGGAGGAUUGGAGGAAAAGACAGAAUGAGAAGCUUCAAGUGGUUAAACACCAAGGAGGCAAUGGAGGUGGCAAGAAUGAAGAUGAUCUGGAUGAUCCUGAUUUGCCCAAGAUGGAUGAAGGGAGGCAGCCAUUAUCAAGGAAGCUACCGAUUCCUUCAAGCAAGAUAAAUCCGUACAGGAUGAUCAUUCUAAUCCGAAUGGCCAUUCUUGGACUGUUUUUUCACUAUAGGCUUCGGCAUCCAGUGCAUGAUGCCUUUGCAUUGUGGUUGGUAUCAGUUAUUUGUGAAAUUUGGUUUGCCGUAUCAUGGAUAUUUGAUCAAUUUCCGAAAUGGUACCCAAUUGAGCGAGAAACAUACUUGGACAGACUAUCUCUAAGGUAUGAGAAAGAAGGGAAACCUUCCGAGUUGGCUCCUGUCGAUGUCUUUGUAAGUACAGUGGAUCCAUUAAAAGAACCUCCACUCAUUACUGCGAACACAGUCUUAUCCAUCCUCGCUGUAGAUUAUCCAGUGGACAAGGUUGCUUGUUAUGUCUCUGAUGAUGGUGCUGCUAUGCUUACUUUUGAGGCUCUCUCCGAAACAUCUGAAUUUGCAAGGAAAUGGGUUCCCUUCUGCAAGAAGUUUAAUAUAGAACCUCGUGCCCCAGAGUGGUAUUUUGCCGAAAAGGUUGACUAUUUGAAAGACAAAGUACAUCCUACAUUUGUAAGAGAACGCAGGGCAAUGAAGAGGGAUUAUGAAGAGUUUAAAGUAAGAAUAAAUGGCUUGGUUGCAAUGGCACAGAAGGUUCCCGAAGAGGGGUGGACAAUGCAAGAUGGUACCCCAUGGCCUGGUAACAACGUUAGAGAUCAUCCUGGAAUGAUUCAGGUGUUCUUAGGUAAUAAUGGUGUCCUUGACACUGAGGGAAAUGAGCUGCCUCAUCUGGUUUAUGUUUCUCGUGAGAAGAGGCCUGGAUUCGAACACCACAAAAAAGCUGGUGCUAUGAAUUCUCUUAUUCGAGUCUCAGCAGUCAUCUCCAAUGCUCCAUACCUACUCAAUGUUGAUUGUGAUCACUAUAUAAACAAUAGUAAAGCACUCAGAGAGUCAAUGUGCUUUAUGAUGGAUCCUACAUCUGGAAAGAAGAUAUGCUAUGUGCAAUUUCCUCAAAGGUUUGAUGGGAUUGAUCGUCAUGAUAGAUACUCAAAUCGUAACGUUGUUUUCUUUGAUAUUAAUAUGAAAGGAUUAGACGGCAUCCAAGGACCGAUAUAUGUUGGAACAGGUUGCGUGUUCAGGAGGCAAGCUCUAUAUGGAUAUGAUGCGCCUGUCAAGAAGAAAGCUGUAGGAAAAACUUGUAACUGUUUGCCAAAAUGGUUUUGCUGCUGUUGUGGAUCUAGAAAGAAGACCAAAAAAGGUAAGUCCAAGGAGAAGGACAUGAAGAGCAGGGAGCCUUCAACACAUUUACCUGCACUUAAGAAUAUUGAAGAAGGGAUCGAAGGAAUAGAUAGUGAAAAAGCAGCUCUCAUGCCCAAGAUAAAUUUUGAGAAAAAGUUUGGACAAUCCCCUGUGUUUAUAGCAUCAACGCUUCUAGAAGAAGGUGGAGUACUGCCCGGAGCAACUUCAGCUUCUCUCUUGAAAGAAGCUAUACAUGUUAUUAGUUGUGGGUAUGAAGAUAAAACAGAUUGGGGAAAAGAGGUUGGAUGGAUUUAUGGCUCUGUUACUGAGGAUAUAUUGACAGGGUUCAAGAUGCACUGCCAUGGUUGGCGUUCUGUUUACUGCAUUCCUAAAAGGCCUGCCUUUAAAGGGUCAGCUCCCAUUAAUCUUUCUGAUCGUCUUCACCAAGUUCUCAGGUGGGCCCUUGGAUCUGUUGAGAUUCUCAUGAGCAAGCAUUGUCCCAUCUGGUACGGUUACGGUUGUGGCUUAAAGCCACUGGAACGGUUUUCGUAUAUAAACUCUGUUGUCUAUCCUCUAACGUCCGUUCCUUUGGUUGCUUACUGCACAUUGCCGGCUGUCUGUCUUCUAACUGGAAAGUUUAUCGUGCCAGAGAUUAGCAAUUAUGCCAGUCUUGUGUUCAUGGCCAUGUUUUUGUCCAUUGCUGUAACUAGUAUUCUAGAGAUGCAGUGGGGUCGUGUUGGCAUUGAUGAUCUGUGGAGAAAUGAACAAUUUUGGGUGAUUGGGGGUGUCUCUGCGCAUCUUUUUGCUCUCUUUCAAGGUCUUCUUAAGGUCUUGGCAGGAGUAAACACUAGUUUCACUGUUACUUCCAAAGGAGGAGAUGAUGGUGAAUUUUCGGAGCUGUAUGUUUUCAAGUGGACUACUUUGUUGCUCCCUCCUUUGACAUUGUUAAUAUUUAACAUAGUCGGGGUACUGGUGGGAAUUUCAGAUGCCAUAACUAACGGUUACGAGUCAUGGGGACCGCUCUUUGGCAGGCUGUUCUUCGCUAUUUGGGUUAUUGUUCAUCUAUAUCCCUUCCUAAAAGGAAUGAUGGGGAAACAGUCUGGAGUUCCAACUAUUUUAAUCGUCUGGUCGAUCCUUCUUGCUUCUAUCUUUUCACUUUUAUGGGUACGGAUCAACCCAUUUGUGUCGAGGGAUGGCAUUGUAUUAGAAGUUUGCGGGUUGGAUUGUGACUAAGGUAAAUCCCUGCUUUAAAGUUUUAUGUGGAAAGAUUGUUGAAAAAUUGCUGGAAAAGUUCACUUAAGUGUGCAGGGAAGACAUCUGUUGCACUAUAGUUUUGUGUUAUAGAAAAAUAAUUGUCAAUAGCAAAUAUGAGUUUAUUAGAGCAUUUCAUGUUGGUGGUGUGUAGAUAGAAGUACAGGUCUGUAUCAUUAAAUUAAUAUCGAUUCUUUCCAUACAUUACCGUCUUCGAGUUUUUUGUUGGUCGGAUGGCAAAAUUCGAACGUAAAGAUACAAUUACUUUUCACUUCAAAUUUCCUCUGUUAUGAAGAAUUCUAUGUAUACGAGACUUUUUGAAUAAUUUAUGAAUACCUGUUGUUAAUGUGUCAAAA